CUCUUUGUCGGACCUUCUCCAACAAAUUCCUCUACUUUCUCUUGUUCACCGGGUUUGGAGUGCCACAUGCUACUUUAUCUGAAACAAAGCAACAAUAGUCAGUGCCCAAGCGUCUCUGUCCUGCCUAUCACUGGAAUCAUGGUGCAUAUUUUCAACAAUUCUGACAGAAGUGGAUGUUCCAUGGAUAUUCUUAUCAAACCCUCUACCACUCUCAGUGGACAAAGAAAAGAUCUAUGUAUCCAGGCAACACAUGACGAAUCCAGACUUUCGGAGAUGAGAUGUUAUGCUGUUGUGUACGAAGAAUCCCAAUCAUUCCAACAAACUUUGAAUGUACUGAAGACAACUACAAGAAGACCACAGCGAACAACUGACAUCAAUAAGACAACUACGACCAGACCACAGCGAAUAACUGACAUCAUUAAGACAACUACGACCAGACCACAGCGAACAACUCACAUCAAUUACGGAAAUGUGAUUGGAUGAAAUACGGUGAAAUAAUGGAGAAAAAAUUAUGGAACUUACUUUUCAAAAUCUUUUUUAUCGGAGUUGAAUGUCAUCUAAGUUGAUUGUCAUAAUAUGGAAUACUGUAUAAUCACAUAACUUAACGAAUUCCCACAUAAUUGUUGUAUAUACAGUAAUUUUUUUUUCACUUUUGUUUUUUAAUAUUUGCAAUUUUAGAGUGCAUAAACUAUACU